AUGGCGAUUCCGGACACGGACAUCGAAGUUUGGCGCAAAAAGACCCCAACCAGUGAUCGCCAUGGACCACGUACAAUUGCCCACCCAAACAGCAAUGCAAACAUCUACAUCAUGAAUUUGGCACUGAUAGAUCCGUUCCAAUUAGCACAGGACUCUCCAGAUGCUCUGACCAAUGAUCUAAGAUCCGGUCAUGCCACCUUUCUCAGAUUCAGUCGGAAAGGUGACUACCUCGCCUCGGGAAGAGUUGAUGGCAAGGUCGUUAUCUGGGAUAUGGAGACCUUUGGUGUUGGGAUGAAGCUACAAGGUCACUGGAAGCAAGUCCAAGGACUGAGCUGGUCAAGAGAUGGCAGAUACGUACUUUCAUCAUCUCAGGACUGUCGAGCAUUCCUCUGGGAUCUGCAGACUCAAGAGCGCAUCCGCAUCGUCAAGUUUGAAGCUCCGAUCUACAUGGCAGAACUUCAUCCUUACAAUCGCAAUCUUUUCGUCGCCUGCUUGUUCGAAAAUCUUCCUCAUCUUGUCGAUAUCACCAAUCCAAUCCCUGUCAAAUACAUCCUACCGACAACACCACUCAGUGACAGCAUUCCACGAUCUGAGAACAAGCAAUCAACCACUGCCGCGGUUUUCUCCAUCCUCGGCAACCACAUCAUCACUGGGACUUCCAAAGGCUGGAUCAACAUUAUUGAGACGGAAACUCGGAAGAUCAUCCACUCUACCAAAAUCGCUUCUGGUCUCAUUUCUCUUCUGCGGCUUUCGGCGAAUGGCCGCCAGCUUCUGGUGAAUUGUACCGAUCGUAUCAUUCGCACCAUCAACCUCCCAGAUCUCUCACUCCUCACCCCAACGGACGCACUACCUUAUGAGUCUACGGGUGAAGACGAUCAACCAGACCCAGCCACCCUUGCCGAAAACAUUGUUUUGACUGUCGAGCACAAGUUUCAAGAUUUGGUAAACCGCCUGCGUUGGAAUCAUACAGCUUUCAGCCAUUCUUCGGCUACUGGCUUUGCUGACUACGUCACUGCAUCGACUUAUAUGAAGAAAGACAUCUACAUCUGGGAAUUGCGGACUAACUCUCUGCUCCGGAUUCUAGAAAAUCGAGAAGAGCCUGCGAUCAUCGAGUGGCAUCCGUCUCGUCCACUUCUCGCUUGUACCAGCAUUGAAACCGGCAGUAUCCAAAUCUGGGGCAUUGAACCACAGCAGAAGUGGUCGGCCUUGGCCCCUGACUUUACCGAGCUGACCGAGAAUGUCGAGUAUAUCGAACGCGAAGACGAGUUUGAUACCUACCCACAGGAAGAGCACCAAAAGAGGCGAUUGGAUCGUGAAGACGAAGACGUGGACAUUCUGACCGUGGAGAAGAAGAUGGGAGAAGAAGAGAGCUUCGUACUGCCAAUCUUGUUCAACGUCGAAGAUAGUGAUGAUGAUGAUCAGGAGCUGAUCCGCAUGGGUGUGGGUACGAUGCGGAAGAAAGACAUCAAUGAAGGCAAAGAGUACGAGAACGAUGCCGAUGAGCUCGCAAAGAACGUCCGAAAGCGCAAGGCGUAA